AUGGCUGCUGAUAGCUCGUCUUCUUCUAACUGCACGAACCUUGCCAAUGAAACGACUACCCCACUUUCGCUUCAUCCACAGCAGCUUUCUGUGAAUGAUUUACUCCAUCCAUCUGAAUCCGCCGAAAACUUGCUAGAAACACUAUCCACCGAACAACUAGAGAUCAUUGAAAAAGCUCUCAAUAAAAUCAAAGAGAAAAAGCUGGUCACUGCCGCGUUGGAACAAACCCUUUCCUCCACUUCAGAUACAGGCGCCCUUCCUCUUCCAUUGUCACCCUCCUCAUCCACGUCGGUUGCCACCUCGACCAACCGAACACCUAGCUGCGAAUUAUCGGCCAUGAUAGACGAUACAACGACGCAAAAUCUGUGGACUUCUGCCGCGACGCAAGUCGCAAAAGCAUUGGCUGAUGCCAUCUCAUCCUCUGCCUCUCAUCUCAUGCAAAUGCCGGUUUUGAAACAAGACGCUUCUGACGACGCCAAGCCACCCUCCUCCAAUGCUCGGAAUUCGUCCACCGCCCCUGAAUUAAGUCACGAACCUUUCACCGAGAUCCGCGAAGGCGUCGAAUGGGUCAGUUUUGUCUAUUCCCAUCAUCGCACGCUUCGACGUUAUCGUAUACGCACUGACCUUGAUGAAGUGGAUAUCCAUUUAUUGGAUGAAAACUUCAAAAAAGAGAACUGUGUUUAUCCACGUGCCAACCUUCCGCGCGAAACGUACCGUGGUAAUCGCUGGGCUUACGAAACCGAGUGCAAUAUUCUCGGCUGGAAACUUGCGUGGCUCAAUAAAGAAGAACUCGCCGGUAAACGUGGCCUGAUUCAACGCGCCGUCGAUUCUUAUCGCAAUCGUUACCCCAGUAUGCGCUCUCGACGAGUCGCUCGCCAAGAAAAACUGCUCAAAGGGACUUUACGUAAACGGAAACAGCGUGAGGAAGAUGAACAUGUCCUCUCCGGGAAAAAUUCCAAACAAUGUAUCGUUCCAUCCUCAGAUGAUCGACAACCGAAAACCAUUACCAUUGAGGAUCAUGCUACAGGCAACAAAUGCCGUAUCCGCAUAAGUAUCGAAACAGUCUCACUCAAUGCUAUUGAUAUGGCAUUUCGCAAAAACAACUGCGUCUUUCCCCGAGCUAUUAGCAUUUCCUCUUCAUCCACUUCCGUUCCUCAGAGACGUCUUGACGAAGCGAAAUGUAACGAGAUCGGAUGGAAGCUGGCUUGGUUGAAUCCGCGUCAGCUUGCCAAUAAGAAAAACCUGCUUCAACACGUUCUUGAUACCUACCGAAAUCAAUUUAUGCCUGACCUUCGUACUCGAAAAUAUUCGUCCCGUGUCCCUCCUGCUCCCUUCACUCCACCCUGCCCGCGUCUUCACGAAAACACCACCCCUUUAACUACAAAAGCGCUCGCUGAACAGCAGCAACAAUUAGCCAAUCAUUCAAUGUGCUCUACGCGUCGUAAUUCAGAACAAACAUGCUAUACUGGCAGCACUGCUACGCUGGACUUUCGCGAUUGCUUUUCACCGCCAGCAGAAAUCGAGUCGCCUUCGUUAACAACCGAGUUGAUGCUACCGCCAGCAAGCCAAGACCUCGCAAGGCAUACCGACGUGGAUGAAUCCAGUUGCCAGUUAAGCGUCGGAAGCACCGCUAGUCAAAAUCCUUCCAGUCACAGCUCUCCCUCCCCUACUCUCAAUAUUGACGAUGUGUACCAGCAAGCCGCUCUGGUGAUCGGUUCGCAUGAUCAUAUUCUUUUGAACUCUACCAACGGUAUGCCUCUUCUUAAGCAAGGUCAGACUUUAUUCUCCAACGACAUGGCGAUGGAUUUUCUGGAAACACACAUCAAAUACGAAGACGUCAAUGCAGGCAUAGACGAUUUUCACGAUCCUCUGCUGGGGCCAUUAUUCUAA